AUGAAUCUUCGCGCCCUCGUCGCCGGCGGCUUGCUGGCCAGUGCCAGCGCUGCAGCGCUCCACAUCCCACGGGACCUGUCCAUCCGCCAAAACACCAACACCUCCUCCCACACCAUCGAGCUCCGGGCAACACUGUGGGGCUCGCGCUUCCACGCACCCGUCACGAUCGGCGGCGAAACAUUCAACCUGCUCGUCGACACGGGGAGCAGCGACACGUUUGUCAUCGAAGACGAUUUCGAGUGCACGACGCCCACGGGGCUCGGGGAUACCCUUGUCACCGUCUCGCAAGAGUCCUGCGGGUACGCAGAUGACGAGUACGAGCUCGGCGAUAGCAAUACCUUCCAACGCCUCUCGAACGAGUCCUUCCAGGUGAUCUACGGCGCAGGCAUGGUGCGCGGCCUGAUGGGUCUCGAGGACAUUGAGCUCGGCGGCGUCACCGUGACCGACCAGCGCUUCGGUCUCGUCAACUGGUCGACCCCCGUGAACCUCGGGUCCAGCGGUGUCCUUGGCCUCGCAUACCCGGUCAUCACAAACGCGUGGGAACUCAACGGGACAAUCGACGAAGAGAGCCUGACGUACCAGGGCGAGAACCAGCCCUACAUCCCGCUCUUUGUAAACAUGUUUCGCCGCGGCCUCGUCGCGCCUUACUUCUCCCUUGCCCUCAACCGCCUCUCUUCGGACGACGAGACCGGACAUGGCGGGUACAUGGUGCUCGGCGGGUUGCCGGACGUCGACACAGUUGGUGACUACACGGCUGUCCCCGCGGAGUACUACGAUGAUGCGCCGUACCGCACACCCAACGGGACGCGACUCCGCUCGUACUGGGCGACGACCGUCGAGCGGCUAAACUACGGCGACAACGGCGAGUACACCGACGAGUACCAGACGAUCGUCGACACGGGGGCUCCACUGUCCUCCGUCCCGACCAGGGUCGCCGAGGAGUACAAUGCGCUCUUCGACCCGCCCGGUUCCUGGAGUGAGAUCCAGCAAGCAUACCUGGUCAAAUGCGACGCUAGCCCGCCGAAAUUCUCCGUCACGCUGGGCGGAACGACGUUCGGGACGAGCAGUGACGAUCUCAUCCUGCAUGCUGGCGACGACGACGUGUGCCUCUCUGCGAUUACCCACCCGCUGCAGAUGGGUACAGGUGAGGGUGAUGCGACGAAUACGACGGAGCUGUAUAUCCUUGGCGCGAGCUUUCUCAAGGGCGUUGUGUCUGUGUUUGACUUUGGGAACUCGGAGAUGCGGUUUGCGGUACGCGAGGAGAGUGCGGCGCCUGUGCUGGAGGUGCUGGGUGGUGUGAGGCUGGUUGUCUUCGUCGCUGUUGUGGCGGUUUUCCAAUCGGCGCUCUAG